AUGGCAGUCAGCCCAGACAUCAGAGAGGAUGGAGACGCAAUUAUCGACGCCUGUACAUACCACAGGAGGGAAUUCGACAGGGUCCUGAUACGAACGAAUGAGAGAAAGAUCGACGCACCAUUUCUGCUGUCUACCCCGGACAGUGUCCCCUCUUCAGGCCUCGGUAUCUUGAGCCGACUGCCUGAAGAGUUAACCCUCAUGAUACUUCGAGAACUUGACAUUCUCUCAUAUCUGCGUUUCCGGCGCGUAAACAACCGUGCACGCAGCAUAACGACAGCAUCGCGCGAGUACAAAACUGUGGUGGAGCAUGGACUUCAGGGACUGAAACCACUGCUAAAGGCAGAGCUAGGUCAUGUUCUCACCAUCGCCCAUUUCUACCGGACGCUCGUCAGUACCCAGUGCGAGCUUUGCGGAAAAUUUGCAACAUUCCUAUAUCUUAUUACUUGCCAGCGAUGCUGCUUCACUUGCCUGCAAAUCUCAGUCGACCUGCACGUUCUCCCUAUCCCCGUACCUAAAGUGUUCGCAAAAGCAGUGCACAGCUCAAGUAAGGAGAUUGAAAAGAUGUGUGGACCUAAACUUCGAGUGGUCUACGGCAAAUACUCUCUACAGCCAUGGCCCAGCGUCAAGAGACCCAGAUAUCUUGUACAGGCCAAGCCUGUUGUUGAGAAGCUCAGAUCUCUUGAUUCUUCUCGAAGAAUCUCAAAGUCGGUACUUUCACAUCAACCACAAGGUCAAUCUCACGACGAAAUAAGACACGACUUUUGCUACCGGUAUAUGGCUGCGGCCGCGUUUCCGUGGUAUGAUUUGAGUAAUGACAGGGUGGAAACAGGGUUGAAUUGCAAAGGAUGUCAGUUCCGCGUUGAAGAGUAUGAACGCACGAACAGACGUCAAGAUCCUCCAUGGGGUUUCAAUGAUAGGGAUCGGGUGUACUCGCGCGAGGAUUUCUUGUGUCAUUUCGGAUCUUGUGCGCACGCCCAGAAAGUAUGGGCUGACACACAAGUGAACCGACGGGCGCCAGAAUCAGAUUUCACGCGCGAUGGCGGAAUUAUGCUGCGUUAUGAACCUAGACAUGAACUUCAUUGA